GGUGAUAUAUAGUUAACAGCGAAUUCGAGAAUGAAUCGACGUUGGAAAACACCAGUUGGUGUUCUGGCAGUAUUGAGUGUCCUCAUACACGAAGGAAUCGCUAAGGAACAGAAUUCUACAGAGGAUAAUUUAACAAUUGUGGGCAUUUCAAAACUUCCAGAUGCGGAAAAAUUUAAAAUAGAAAUUGAACCAGUCUUAUACCAUGUAAGUAAAAGUGCUCAAACCAACAAAACCAAUGUACACAAACGGGAUACGAUUUGCGAGAAACCUAGUCUACCACCUGAUAAAAGUGAGAAAUUAGGCUGUGUGGCAGCUUUUCUGGUAGAUCAGUUAAAGCAAAAUAAUGAAAAUAUGAAUCGCCUACUAAAAUGCCUCAAGAAGAACGGCUCAGGAUCUACAACACCGAAGCCCACUACACAAUGUCUAAGGUUUGAAAAAGAAUAUAUACCGGAGGAAAGCGAAGAGUUCAACCACAGUUGGCCGAAGAAAGUCAAAUGCUUCCCGUUCUCCAGAUGCAGGUUGGAAUGCGACUCCGUAGAAAUUACCUCGAAGUCCACCAAGCAGAGGAAGACAACGCGUAGCACAACCAAAAGGCCGACUACCAAAAAACCCUGCAAAAAGUCGAGCGAGGAGUGCGAGUGUUUGUACUGCUCAGAAGAUGACGAAUGCGUAGACAGUAAUUGAAGUCAGAUUAAAUGGCAGCCCUUUUGGAACGCUGGUUUAGCAUUAUCAGGAAUCUUUCAUUCGAGGAUUAGUUUACUUUUGUCAUUGAAACCGCUAUUUAUUGGGACCAUUUGUCUUCCUUUACACACAUCUACAUAUUUAAUUUAAUAAAUUAUUUUUGCGAUUGAGGGAUGGAAUAAACUGAUAUAAAUAUAUCUUUCUGAAUAUUUUGCUUACGAUUCUAUGUAAACUGCGUAAAACGUAUACGAAUAUUUUUUUAAAAUUCCUCAUUUUUAAGAGUUUCAGCCUCCUGGGCUGAUUCGUCUUAGAUAUACGAAUAAUGAAAAUCCGAAAAAGUUCAUUUAUUCUUUUUUAACAACAUUUUUAAAUGGAAUUCUGGUGCUAAUUACUCAUCUGUAUAAACGAUGCC